AGAUUCGAGAUAAUAAUAUCGCAGUCAGUUACAGUUACUUUUGUGAAAAUGUCGAGUCAAGAUCAUUUAAAUUAUGUAGUGAGUGAAGUAGCGAAAAAUUUAGGUUUGAAGAGUUACAAAUACACAAGAAGUGACCUAGAUGAAACUAUUGAAAAUUAUCUAGGAGAACUUAUAUUUGUUACUAUAAACGGAGAAACGGAUGAUGGUGAAGUUAAAAAGGAUUUUGUUGUAAAAUUCGCACCGAAGAAUGCAGGUCUUAGAGAAUGUGGUGCACUCGAAGUGGUGUAUAGUGUUGAAAUAGCUGUAUACACAGUAUUACUACAACAUUACAAGAGGCUAUCGAAGUUUGAUACGAGGGAACUGUUCCCGGAAUUUUUGUUUUCAGAUUGUACGCAAAAUAAAGAAGUACUAGCAGUGUCGAACAUGUGUAAUGAUGGAUUCCGUAGACAUAGUGGGAAUAGAUUUCUUGAUACUGACCAUAUGAUAGUUUCUUUAAAAGCAUUAGCAAAAUUUCACGCCCUUUCAAUGGUGCUGAAAAAUGAUAUCAAGAAAAUAGAAGAUUGGAAUAAUUUGGUCCCAAAUUGUUUUGAAUACCCACCGAAAUAUACAACUUCUUUGAGGCUAUCUUGGCAGGGUAAUCUAGAUAAAUUGGUAGACACGAAAUAUGGGAAUACAUUUAGCACGAUAGAUGCUAAUUUUGAUGACGUCAUCACUAAAAAUAUCAAAGAUGUAAAAUGUUUGAUAUACGCGCAUGGAGACUAUUGGAAAGAAAACAUUUUAUACAAAUAUAAGGACGACAAACCUGUAAGUGCAUGCAUAUUGGACUUCCAAAUGACUCGUUUCUUAUCACCAGCCCAGGACUUCCUCUGCUUUGUACUCACGAGUGUUGAUUGCGAACUCAGAAGACAGUAUUAUGAAGUCUUCAUGUCGACAUACUAUGAUUGUCUGAAAGAAAGUUUGGAAGAACAUGGCUUGAAUGUAGAUGACUUUUAUUCUAGAGAAGAUUUAAAUUAUGAUUUGAAAGUAGUGGCUCCAUAUUGUAUAGUUUAUGCUAAUUUAUCAUUUUCUUUAUGGCUUGGUCUGGAAAGUAACUCGUUUGUUAAAAGCAAAAAUAUCGAUUCUGAAGAUAAUGCAAAGAUUUUACAAUAUAAAGAAAUUAUGGUUGGAAUAGUGGAGGAUUUCCUACAAUGUACAUGUAAUUGAAUAAAUGUUUAUACGCUAUUAAAUUUUAUACAAAUAUUGUUAUUUGGUUUUCAUAAAUUGCAAAUUAAAAAGGAAGUUAUAUGAUAG